GGCAGAUAUAAUUUAAAACUUUGUCCAGUGUGAUGACUUAAAUAAUAUCUUUAGGAAGUAUCUAACUCUGUCUGAGAUAAAAGUGCUCAGUUUCUCACUCUGCUUUUAACCCUGGAAUGGCUUAAGAGUGUGGGGUGAGGUGUGCUGCCUAUGAUAUCUUGGCAGUGGGACACUGAUUUUUUCCUUCUGUUUGAUGUUCACUAUUUCCUCUGGUCUCUGAAUAAUACCUUUUAACCUCCUACUAGUGUUUGCCUUGCUGGCAUAUGCUGAUGAUGUUAUAGCUGGAAAUUCAUGGUUGGGCAUUUCUGUUUGGUCAGAAACUCAUGGUGCUUCCCAAGUAGUUCAGUCUUUGGCUUUUGCUCUGAGUUCUAGGUAUCUGCCUUGUCUCUCUACAGCUGCUGGCCUGGAACUUCAUGCACAGCCUUUGCUGCAGUAUCACCCUGUUCCAUAGCAAGCUCCAUGGACACCACUAGCUCAGAAAAUCUGCCUCAGAGCUUAUAAUUAUUUGAGCAUGUUGAAAAACUCCCUUGAGACAAUGGCUUGGCUUACAAAAUCAUGGACUAUAUAAUCCUUCUGUUCAGGACAAUUCGUGUUUGGUUAAAGAGAGACAGUGGACAGUAUUGGCCAAGCAUAUACCAUGCAAUGCCUUCUCCAUGUUCAUGCAUGUCUUUUAACCCGGAAACAAGAAGACUGUCCAUAGGUCUAGACAAUGGUACAAUCUCAGAGUUUAUAUUGUCAGAAGAUUAUAACAAGAUGACUCCUGUGAAAAACUAUCAAGCGCAUCAGAGCAGAGUGACGAUGAUCCUGUUUGUCCUGGAGCUGGAGUGGGUGCUGAGCACAGGACAGGACAAGCAAUUUGCCUGGCACUGCUCUGAGAGUGGGCAGCGCUUGGGAGGUUAUCGGACCAGUGCUGUGGCCUCAGGUCUGCAAUUUGAUGUUGAAACCCGGCAUGUGUUUAUUGGUGACCACUCAGGCCAAGUAACAAUCCUCAAACUGGAGCAAGAAAACUGCACCCUGGUCACAACAUUCAGAGGACACACAGGUGGGGUGACCGCUCUCUGUUGGGACCCAGUCCAGCGGGUGUUGUUCUCAGGCAGUUCAGAUCACUCUGUCAUCAUGUGGGACAUCGGUGGGAGAAAAGGAACAGCCAUCGAGCUCCAAGGACACAACGACAAAGUCCAGGCCCUCUCCUAUGCACAGCAUACACGGCAGCUGAUCUCCUGUGGCGGGGAUGGUGGGAUUGUCGUCUGGAACAUGGACGUGGAAAGGCAGGAGACCCCUGAAUGGUUGGACAGUGAUUCCUGCCAAAAAUGUGAUCAGCCUUUCUUCUGGAACUUCAAGCAAAUGUGGGACAGUAAGAAAAUUGGUCUAAGACAGCACCACUGCCGCAAGUGUGGGAAGGCUGUCUGCGGCAAGUGCAGCUCCAAGCGCUCCUCCAUCCCCCUGAUGGGCUUCGAGUUUGAAGUGAGGGUCUGUGACAGCUGCCACGAGGCCAUCACAGAUGAAGAACGUGCACCCACAGCUACCUUCCAUGACAGUAAACAUAACAUAGUGCAUGUGCAUUUCGAUGAAACCAGAGGAUGGUUACUGACUUCUGGAACUGACAAGGUUAUUAAGCUGUGGGAUAUGACCCCAGUUGUGUCUUAAUGACUCCCCCAGGAAUCAGAAAGCUAGUAUUUACUAAAGAAAUGGUUGUUUUAAUCCAAAUCAUCACCAGAGCAGUAAAGCAGAUGUGUGAGAAGUCAGAAACUGAAGACCCUGGAUGAAUUUGCAGAUUACCUGUGCGUACAGUGGUAACCCAGCCAAGUGCACACUUGCAAGGGGACUCUUCCAACUUGUUCAUACAAUAGAAAAGAAGCUAUUUUUUUAACAAAUGGUUUAUACGGUCUGGCUGUGCUGCAUUGUUUUGACUAUACCGAAAAAUCUGUGUGGGGUGUUUAACUUUUAUACUUCUCAACACUCCAUUUUACUUGUUGCUUUGUGUGUCAGAGAAAUAAGGGAAGUAUCUAUUCAGAGUAUUUUGGUCAUUAUAGUUUCUGUGUUUUCUUUACUUCAACAUGUGUCACGUGGCCAGGGUCUUUUUCUUAUCUUCCCUCUGCAUCUACCUGCACCUUCUCUGCCUUUACUGGAGGGGAUGUUUUUACAUUAUUUAUUCCAGUGUUUCUGCUUUCAUGUCCUCCUCAGUGGAGACACUUGCAAACCCAUCAUAUGGGUUCGCCAGCUGGCUGUGGGAAUGACCUGAAGAUUUGUUUGUAAUGUCUGCCUCAUUCAUGUUCUUAUUAAGUAGAAAAGACUGUGUUUCUGCCUCAGUUGCCUCUGUCUUUUCCAUAUUAAAAAAAAAAAAAAAAUGCUGUGAGAAAGCUGCUCCCAACCAUGGUUAUCACAGAAGUAGAUUAUUUUAACUCAGAGCUUCAAUGAUCAGUGCCUGGAUCAUUUAGAAUUCAGUUGGAGCCUCCUGAGCCUUAGUUUUUUGACACAGCUCUUCCUCAUAACAAUGAAAAAAGAAUGACACACACACAGAACCCUACAUCAGCAGUCCUCAACUUUGUUGGCAUCAGGGACCAGCUUCAAAAUGAAACUGUUCCACCUCAGACCAUCAGGCAUUAGAUUCUCAUAAGGAGAAUGCAACCUAGAUCACUUGCAUGCACAGUUCACUAUAGGGUCCGUGCUCCUAUGAGAAUCUAAUGCCACCGCUGAUCUGAUGGGAGGCGGAGCUGAGGCAGUAAUACUCACUUGCCUGCUGCCCACUUCUGAUGUGCAGCCUCAUUUCUCUCCUCACAAGCCACGGACCAGUGCCCAUCCACAGCCCAGGGUUGGGGACCCCUACCAUACAUGCUCUUAAAAUAAGUGUCUUUAAGAUGUGUUUUUCUGUGUGACAUCAUCUCUGAACUUGAAUGUGUUCAUUAUAGCAAGGUUGUAAUUCUGCUGUAUUCCUCACCCUCUGUAGUCUGUCCCUUUAAAAACUAGAUAUUUUUCAUCAGAACACUUUGCACACUUUCUUACUAAAACAGUAUGUGAUUGGUCCGAGACAGGUACCUACAGUGCAGGCUGUGUUCCCAUGGGGAAUGGAAAAGAGGACUUCAGAGAGUACACCUGAAGAACUCUUUUAUCUAAGGGAGUCCAAUCAAGCUUGAGAAAAUGAAAUACUCUUGUGUGUAGUGGCUCAACUCAGGAUAUUGAAGUCCUUUUUAAAGUCUUAUUUCACCUGUAAAAAUGGAAAAUUAAUGGAAAGCCUGCUCUGGGUGCCUGCCCCUCCUAAGCACUUUACACAUACUACAGCUCAUUCAGCCUCGUGUGCCCGGAGCAUCAGGGAGCUCACCAGUCUCUUGAGGAUCACAGGCCAAUUGUUUGUCCUUCCCGACCCAAGCCCCACCUCACAGUGUCUUGCCCUCUUCUGAUUUUGCAGGUUUUUGGUGGUAAUACAUAUGGAAGUGAAAUUGAAAUCCCCCCUAUUAUUUUCCCUCUUUUCCUGGAAAGCCGUUUUUUGCCCUCACAAUCAUUCAUUCCUUCUCUAACUAGGGGGAAGCACUACAAGCCAUCCUCACUACUGCCCCUACGUGUGCUUUCUUCCUAGAGGUGAUUCUGCUGCCCCAGCAUUGGGAAGUAGGACCAGCACGUGUGUCCCAUGCAGCCAUGGUCCAUGGCAGCUGUUGCCUGAGCCAUCAGACCAGAUCAGCCCAUGUGACCAGAGCCCUGAAGAGGCACACACGCAUGCACUGCACAAGGCUGUUAGCGCUUGUCACUUCACUGCCCUGGUCCACACUACCCUUGCUUGCAUCAGUCAAAACCAUUAUAACUACUUGGAGUCUUUUCUGCAUGAUUGCUCCGUGAGAGAGCUUUAAUAAGGGAAUGAAAUUUAAAAUAUUCAAAUAUCUAUUUUGUAGUUUAUUACUAGAACCUGCAGCCACUUGCUAAGUUGUAUGUAAUAGAGGACUGUGUGUGGAAAAUGGGUAAUAGACAUGAAUCACUCUACUUUCCCUUCCUGAACUUUGAGCUUGGCCUGUCUAUAGAGAGAGGAACACAGUAUUAGGACAGUGAAGCCACAGCAAGCCUGUGUGGGUUCUGAGAUGGGUCUAGAUGCGUUCAGACCUCAUUCGGGAAGCAGUGUCCUGUCAGAUUGCGUAUGUACUCUACAGUGGCUCUGGCCUGUGGCCCUGCAUGCCACUCUACCGUCUCCCUCCCAGCCCACGGAGCCACUCAGAGGCUGAAGCCACUUGACAUCUCACUGGUGUGGAGAAUCAUGAUCAAGAAACCAUGGAUAAGUCAAGGUAUCCAUUGCUCUUCCUUUUUCUCUCAUCUGUGUGGGUGCUUGAAUUUGGUGAAAUGCGUUUAGCAAACCAACUGUAUGUCUGUAAUACUGUGAAUUCUUGAGUUUUGCAUUAACUGUCUCCCCCAUUUUUGUAAUUUGUAGAGAAAUAUGUACUGGUGUUGAGUGUCUUCCAAGCAUUUUAUGGAAAUGGAGGCUCCAUUCCUUAGGAGUGAAAGCCGGCGCCGGCACUUGGCUUUGUUCUGUCCAGGUGAACUCUCAUAAUUCUUGUUUUACCCUUUGGAUUUGCACUUUACAUAUAUUUUUGCUCUAUUACUUAAAACAUAUAGCAGCUCUUGCCAAUAAUGCCUAACGUGACUGUGUUGAGAAAGUGGCAGAUCGACACAUAUCAUACAGAGUUGUUCUCUGCCUGGCGGGACAAAACCACAUGCUCUCGGUUCCUCCCAACGAAUGACAUUACUUGACAUUACUGCCUGAAUGUGUCUUCACAAUAGCAACAUUGUUUGAGAUUAAGCAUUUGGAAUCUUGUGUCAUUUUGCAUGAGGUCAACCCACCAUAAUGAGUUUCUCAUUUGAUUGUUUUAAUUAUUCAAGAAAUCAUGAAGUCACAACACAGGAAGGGAUCUUCAGAGAUCUAGAGUGUUCCAAGCAGAAAACACAUUUAGUUAUAUACCAGGCAGUUAGCUAUGGCUGAGAUGUAAACAAGAGAAUCUAAAAGAAUGUUCAAGGAAUAGCUGUUUUUGAACAUUACUUAGUAAUGGCAUAAGUGGGAAGAGAGAUUUUCAGCGCCCUGAGACAGGGUGCUCUCUGGAAACAGGUUUGUUCCUCUUACUGCAAGUGUAUAUGACACUUAUUUUGGCCCCAGCCCUGUGGUGGGGGAGGUAAUUAUUGCCCUCAUCCACAUAAAUUCCUUCCUAUACAUCCCCCUUAGACCACUCCAGGGACAAAAUUGAAACGGAAAUCUAGGGGCACUUAAAAUUCACCCUACCCCAUUUGGCCAUGAUUCCUGGGCUUACAGCACUGCCCUUAUGGAAUAUUAUAUUUUCAUUUUCUGAGAUCCAUUUUAUAAAAGUGUAGGCCAGGUGCCAUGGCUCACACUUAUAAUCUUAACACUUCGAGAGGACAAGGUGGGAGGAUCACUGAGCCCAGGAGUUCAAGACCAGCCUGGGCACCAUAGCAAGACCCUGUUGCUACCAAAAAUUUAAAAAUUAGUUGAGUGUAGUGGCACACUUCUGUAUUCCCAGCUACUCAGGAAGCUGAGGCAGGAGGAUCACUUGAGCCCAGCAAUUCAAGGAUGCAGUGACCUAUGAUUACACCACUGCAAUCUAGCCUGGGCAGCAGAGCAAGACCCUGAAUAAAUAAAUAAAAGUAUAAUUUAUUUUUGCCUGACAUUAAUCACUUCUUAAGGCCCAAAUUUUGUUUUUUAAGCAAAAGGAUAGCUCUAACUGUGGGUCACAGUUACUGGACGUUCACUAAAUGAGAUUCCUUUGGUUAUGGCUAUUCAUAGAAGUUUAAUUGUAUGUAAGUGUUCCUGUUCACUAAGAUUUAUAUUUCAAAGUGAAAGAAGGCACUUUACCAAUACAUUAUUUUUUUCUCCUUUAAAAUAAUGUUGUUGAAUUUUUCCUAGUAUGAAGGCAGAUAUGUAUUAACUUGAGAUUCAAAAACGCAGAAAUUAAGUUCAUGUUGAACACUGAGUUAUCUAGAUGAUCUUUGAGAUUUGAAUGUUCAUAUCAACCGUGCUGAGUGCUGACCAGGCUUUAAACUAGGCACUGGCGGUGCAAGGCAUCUGAGGCCCAUUCCCAGGCUGGGCAGAGGUCACACAGUGAGUAAAUGGGUCAUUUCAGUACAAUGUGGUCGUGAUAGAGGCACGCCAAGGGUGCCACUAACCCAGCAGGUAUGGCAGGAGGAGCUUCCCAGAGGAAAGGACUUGAGCUCAGUGUUAAAGGAUGAGGAGUGAGUCAUAAGGGGGAAAAAUGGAAAUGACUUUUCAGGGCUUCAGAGAUAGCAUAAACAAAGGCUUGAGUGCUGGAGUCAGUGUGGUGUGUCCAGGGAUCACAAGUGGGCUGGAGCUGCCGGAGAACAGCCACGUGGCUCAGCUACAGUGCCAGAACCAAGCUUGUCACCAUCAGAUGCUGCUGUUCCCUGGCCUCAGAGGAAGCAGCACACAUCUCACCAGGAGGGGUUUCCCCAGAGGCUCCUCCUGCAGCCAAUGCUACUAUUAGUUUAUAUUAUAAUAGUAUCAGUUUCUUUUUCUUUGGAAAUCCCUAGAGCUGUUAUCUGAAAACGACCCAAGAUAACUAAUUUUGGAUCUUUGGGUGCACAGCCUCUCACUGGAAUCUGGGAGGAGGUGGAGACUAUUACAUGCACAGCCUGCAACCAGGAAGGACUCCCAGACUAACGCCAAAAAUGUGCUGGGCUCAGCUGGUCCACGUUGGUAAAGGAAAGCCCUGGACCUGCGGCAGGAAGGGAUUGUUCUAUUGAGUGUGACAUUGCACCGACAGGCGGUGCCGCGUGUUUGGGUGCAGCUGCUGCCCUCCAAUUCCUGCUCCUGCAAGUCGCAGAUCAUUCCAGUCCAAUGUGGGGGAUCCUCUUCACAGGGGCACUUGCAAGGGGAAGGGAGAGAUUUUUGUCAAUUCAUACACAGGUCUGCCUGGGAGACCCAGUCCUGUGGAGGCAGGAACACUGCACCACAUGGGGGCAUGGCAGUGCCUGUCUUUGCUAUCACAUCAUUUGCCUUUUUCUUGUAGGACCCAAAGAUCUAUGUCCAAAACAGUCCAGAAACAUCUGUGUUCCUGUUUAAACUGCAGCUCAGAUUCAUAACCAAGAACCACAUGUCAACCCUUCAGGGUUGUGGUUUGUAUUUUUGCCUUUAAACAUUAUCCUUUCCACCAAGAAUCCUACUUAGGUUUGACACGUGAAAGCAGUGUCUAAAAAUUAGAUCUGCCCUAAACUGGAAUGGGAUGUCUUCCUUGCAUGUCCCAUACUAGGGAUUUUUUUUUUUUUUUUUUUUAAACAAAGAGUAUGUAGCCUUUGCCAGACAUGUUGAAAGGGAGAUGAAAGGCUUGAGUAAGGGAUGAAUUGAAUCAUCAUUCUUAAGGUCCCUUCCAGUCCUGUGACUCUAUGAUUCUAUGAGUCUUGUUUAUUACCGGACUUGCCUAACCCAUUACCAGUGACCUGCCCGCAUAUUGCUGCCUUCGCUUGGAUAAAGGAGAGUCUAUCACCACAUGCCUUUGUUGUCUUCCAUCAUAUCAAGUGAGUUGCUUUCUGGACUUUUUCCAUCUAGAGGCUACUAAGUUUGGUUUUGGAAAAAGAUGAAGUUUCUUUUCAUGAGUUUGUAGGAAAAAAAAAUUUUUUUAAGAUGGUAAAGGUGGAAAUUAAUCAUGGUACCAUCUCAUUAAAAAUAGAUACCUCAAAAUGUUUACCUUUGCAAGAAUAUCUGACUUGGAAGUGUCAGGAAUUGCAGGUUGACUUAAAAGUUAGAUUGGGAAUCUGACCUUGAUAUUUAUGAUUCUUUUUUCCCUUGGUUAUCGGGGAUGCAUGAGAAGGUGAGCGGUCACUCACAAAGGGAAAAUGGUUUGAAAAAUGUUUCUCAUAUAUAUAAUCUUUUUAUCAUUUAAGUGGAUGGCAGCCUUACAUUGGUAGUAUAUGCCAAUAUGAAGUAUGGACCAAAAUACUAGUGUCACUCGUAACCAUUGUACUCAUGUAUUUGUGUCUUAUACCAUUUGCCUUGCUUUUUAAAUGACUUUGUUUUUUCAAGGUACUGUCAUUUUGCAAAAGGAAAUCUUUAUAUGAAAAGUACAAAAACUGUUACUAACUGGACAACAGGGAAGGUGCUGGCCCCACAUUAGUGCCUGCCUACCACUCAACCUCUAACCAGGGACAUGGAUCUUCCAUUCUGUACCUCCACUGGGCUGCAGCCCACUUCUGGACCUGGCUGCCGUGGGCAUGUUACCGUAUGGGCAUCUUUUUCUUUUUUUGAAGUGAGGAGAUUAUUCAGGAGGUCAGGCUGAGAAGGUAAUAAGCCUGACGUUGGAACAGAUUUCUCCCGUGUGGUCUGGCUGGACCCCUCCAGCAUUUGCCACUCCCUGCCAGUCCUGAUCAGUCCUGACUUUGACUUCCUGAAUGUGAUUAGCUGGUAAUGAGCAAGAAUUUCCGAGAAUGUUGAAAUGUCUGUAUCCAGGCCUCCAUUCAAAUGCUGCUGAAUAUUGUGAAUGUUUUUACUCCGCUCACUUUCCCGCUGUGCUUCCCUCUAACCAAAAUAUACGUGUAGCUGUUACCAACGUACAACUCUCAGUGUGGAGUUGCCUCCAUGGUUUAAAAUACAUGUCUGUGAAAACC